UGAGUGUGGACUACCUAUCCAUGAGACUGAAGAGCAGAGACGGUUUCUGAAAAGAGGAUUGAAGUUGAUUGGGAAUAGCAAUCCGCGGUACCAAUGGUGAGCCUGGAAUGCGGAUAAGCCAUGCAAGGGGGGGGUUUCUCAUCGGUUUUUGGUAGGGAUCGGUUCUAUAAACCAGAGGAAGCCUUGAAAGGGCUAUCGAAACCAUUGCGAAAAUACUAUGAGAAGAACAAUUCCCUCAUCGCGCAGUACCUCUACAUUGACCGAUUGCUCGACUCGUCGCUGCCGCAUCAUCUCAUCGAUGAAUACUCCGACAAUGCUCCAGAAGGAUCAGGGUCACCUCCUCAUUCCGAGGAGAACGGCAAGUCCACGAAAAUCAAACGGACUAAGCGCAACUUGUACCGCGUCCCGACCGAGCUGUCGCCACUACUCGAGCACAGUCACUCCGAAGAAGGAGACGCCCACGACCGUCACGAACCAGUCCACGACAUUGAGGCCCACCAUGUUCCGUCUCACGAUGUGAGCGAGCGAGUGAUCACCCUCGCAAUUCACAUCAACUUCAUCGCCAAUGUGCUUCUCCUCGUCGCCAAGAUCGUGGUCAUCUCCCUGACCAGCUCAAUGUCCGUGCUGGCCAGCUUGGUGGACGCGGUGUUGGAUUUCCUCAGCACGGCCAUCAUCUGGACCACCACCACUCUCAUCCGCCGACAAGACCGCAACCGCUACCCGAUCAGCCGGCGCCGACUCGAGCCCCUCAGCGUGCUGAUCUUCGCCGUCAUCAUCGUCACAUCGUUCUUCCAGGUGGCCUUGUCGUCAGCCAAGCAGCUGCUAUCCGACGACCAUACCGUCGUCGAUCUGACCAUCCCCUCGAUUGCAAUCAUGGGCGGCACAGUUCUCGUCAAGGGUCUCUGCUGGGUAUGGUGUCAGUCCAUCCCCAACUCCAGCGUGCAAGCUCUGGCGCAGGACGCCAUGACCGACGUUGUCUUUAAUACUUUUAGUAUCAUUUUUCCUCUCAGUACGUUCACGUUCCCCCCCUGUGUAACACUAUUUGCAAACUGUUUUAAAAACACUAACCAUCCAGUCGGCACCUUUGCUAGAAUCUGGUUCCUGGACCCUCUCGGCGGCCUCCUCCUCUCAAUCUACAUCAUGUGGAACUGGAGCUCCACGGCAGCCGAAUACAUCCAGCGGCUCACCGGCGCGGCGGCCCUGCCCGAAGAACACAACGUGCUAUUAUACAUGACCAUGCGCUUUUCGCGGAUCAUCCAGAAGAUCCAAGACCUCAAGGCAUACUACGCCGGCGAUAAGCUCAAUGUAGAAGUUGACAUUGUUCUCGACGAGGGCACCAGUCUACGAGAUAGCCACGAUCUAGGUGAAAGCCUGCAGUACAUGCUUGAAAGUGUGCCCACGGUCGACCGGGCAUUUGUGCAUCUAGAUUAUGAUCCGUGGAAUCUGCCUAGUCAUAUGAACCAGCAGGAGAGUUAGUUCUAAACAGACUAGUAUCCUAAAUAUCCUACUGUCAUCUGUAUUGUAUUGAUUGUUCAUCAUUACUCAUAUUAUACAUAAAAA